AGCAAAAAUCACACACACCCGUUUCGCGCCAACCCUGGACACGCAUAACACAGAACAUCAGCAUGAACAGAGGCAUUGGACUAGUCGCCUAUGGGGAUUCGGAUUCAGAUAGUUCGGAUGAGGACACGAUCAUGAGUACAGCACCAAAGCAGUCAGGAUCCAGCGAUGAUUACCAAAAAACGCAAGGGACAGAAACGAAUAUAGACAAGGAUCAGGAACCCGUGGACAGGCCUGCACCUCAGGAUACGAUAUCAGUCCGACCAACUAUAAACGCGCGGCUUUCUGGAGCCGAUUCACUCAACAAGAUUGCAUUUACGAACUUGAUGAAGCAAGGAUUGGUAGCGUCUUCAUCCUCAUCCAUUGAAGCCUCGCAUGUACAACAAUCACCUGCAGCGGAGGGAUCAGUACCGUUCAACUCUCAAUCAUUCACACGAUCUCUAUCAGGGACGCCAUUGCCUGCUGACCACAGUGCUGCCGCAGAGGUGCUGAACACACCCACUGGUGGCAGGAGUCCGCAGGUCGCUCAAACAGAGAGGGUACCCAUUGCAGAAGAGGUACAAGUUGAUAUGAAGGACGCCGAUGGCACUCAAAAUCAACAAGGUCGGGCCGUACUGAUGAGGGCGCUUCUUAGACCCAAGCCUAUUCCGGGAGUUGAGAACUUUGGAAUUCCGCCUAAUCCUGAAGGCGAGGUCAAUCCAGAUGUGCAAGCAAAGAUGGAGCAAUUCCAGCAUGUCAAGAUGACGCGCGGGAUCCACUUCAAUCAAUCCUUAAUGAAGAACAAGAACUUCCGCAAUCCCCAUAUCUAUGCUUCUUUGGUCGAAUUUGUGGCUCUGAAUGAGAUUGGGUCCAACUUUGAAAGAAUCGAAUUCUUUGACUUUGAGGGCUGGGAGCGGAAUACGAGAGUACCGGCCCAUGCGAAGAGGAGGAGGGUUCCGUGAACUCUAAUUUUCUCUGGAUGACAAGAUGAAGAAUUUUAGCGCGUUUG